UAAGCCGCAUGGGGAGACGUCAGCUCAAAGCUACAUGAUCGCAUCCCUCUGUGACAAGGAAAGGAUGUUCUGACAAUGCAGACUAAUUAAUUCUACUCUCCACAAGUUGUUUUUGGGGCUGUAAGGAGGGAUGCCCAAAUUUGAUCAGUCAGUGAACUAAAAAUUUAAGACUUUUUCUCUAAAGUGUCCCGGGAUAAGGAAUCGUUAUGCCUGAUCUGUCUUUUAAAUGCAUUUGGUGGGUUUUGGUAUUGUUGUUGACCGGACAUUGUUCCUUAGAUGCAGAUUCUGGAACUCACAAGGAUUAUUUACCAAAUGGAUAUAAAACUUUUUCGGACACCAGUGAAGUUUUGAAUCACUCGUUGGUGCCAGUUAAAGGUAAAACCGCGAGUUACAUGUCUGGUGAAGGGAAGAUGGCUCUUUCUAGACGGAAAAGAGACCUCCUGUUUCCCAGUGGAGUUAAACUUUGCUCACAUGAGACGGUGCAACAGGCAAUACAGAAUCAUCUCAACUACUUUCACCUGCGAGUAUGCCAGGAAACAAUUUGGGAGGCUUUCAAAAUCUUCUGGGAUCGCUUACCUGAGAAAGAAGAGUACCAAAUCUGGAUGAGGAAAUGUCAAAAUAGUAGUGUUAGCGUGUUUGACAUUGGCCGGAGCUUUAGCCAGUCAGCUGAGCACCUUACUCUGAUUUCAAGUAGGGUAGGAGCAGCUUCAGUGACAUCAACAAGUGCGCCCACCAGCCCAUGGCAACCUGAAUGCAGACAUCAGACAAAGACUACUGCGCCAACACAAGCAAACGUGGCCACAACCCAACAAGUCAGUAUUCUGGUUCCUGAGGCAGUAACAGAUUCACAGGACAUCACACCACAGACCCCUGAAGACCAAAUCUUAUUCACCACUAUGGCUGCAGAGCUUCAGAUGACAAUUGGAAUCACUCCUGAGCCUGAUCGUAUCACAGCCUUUGAGGACUCGACAGGGAUAAGCACUAGUUCACCUAUAGAACUCACAAGUGUGGCCACUGUGAAACCUAUUUCAGAACCUGAACUGGAGGUAAAACUGGAUGCUACUGACAGUCCUGUCAAAAUAUUGAAUUUUACCAUUCAACAUGAAGAGGUUGAAAUAGUCUUAGAGUCUAAAUUAAUGACAACUGAUAGAACUCCAGAGGAGUCUACUUCAAGAAUGUAUGAUUAUGAGAUUCCCAUGACCUUUGAGGACUUGCUAGGAAUAAACACUUCUCCUACAGUAGUCACCAGUGAUUUUACUGAAGAGCUUUAUUCAGAAACAGAGUUGGGACAGGAUGUUACAGAUGGUCCCGUUAACACAGCAGGUGUUACCAUUCAACAUGAAGCUGAUGUUGUCUCUGAGUUUACAUUAUUGACCACUGAUAGAACUCUAGAAGAUUAUACUUACGGAAAAUAUGAGCAUGAUAUUCCUGCAACCUUGGAGGCUUCACCCGGGGUAAGCACUAAUACCCCUACGGAAAUCAUCAGCGAAUUCACUGAAGAGCUUCAUUCAGAAUCAGAACUGGAGGUGGGACAGGAUGCUACUCAGGGUCUGGUUAAGACAACAGGUGUUACUAUUCAACAUGAAGAGGUGGCCAUUGUCUCUGAGUCUACAUUAAUGACCACUGAUAGAACUCCUACUUCAGGAAAUUAUGAGUAUGUUAUUCCCACAUCCUUUGAGGACUCAAUAGGGAUAAUCACUAUUUCACCUACUGAGCUCACAAAUGAGGCCCUUGUGAGACAUGACGUUACUGAGGGUCCUGUUAAGACAGCAGAUGUUACCAUUCCACAUGAAGAGCUUGACAUUGUCUCAGAGUCUACACUGUUGACCACUGAUAUAAAUCCAGAAGAUUCUACUUCAGGAAAAUAUGAUUAUGAUAUUCCCACAACUUUUAAGGACUUGCUAGGGCUAAGUAACAGUACUCCUACAGAAAUCACUAGUGAAUCCACUGAAAAUAUAAUUUCUGUAGCUAAACUGGACAUGGGGCAGGGUGCUACUAAAGGUCCUGUUAAAUCAGUAGAUGCUACAAUUCAACAUGUAGAAACUGAUGUUGUGUCAGAGGCUACACUGAUGUCCACUGGUAGAACUCCAGUAGGUUCCACCUCGAGAAAGUAUGAGACAGAUCUUCCUACAAUCCUUAAGCACUUGCCAGGAAUAGAUACUAUUGCUCCUGAAGUAGACACUCGAGAAUCUACAGAAAAUGUUAUUUCAAAAACUGAGAUUAAUGUUGGAUGGGGUGUUACCGAAAGUCAUGUUAAUUCCGCACUUGUUACCAUUCAGCAUGUAGAUGUAGACGUCUCAGAAGCUAAAAUUAUGUCUACCGAUAGACCUCCGGUAGAUUCUCCUACAGAAAUAUCUCCUGUUCAGAAUGUCUUACCAGAGGAGCCAGUGCAGACAACGCCUACAGAACUAAAAGAGGUUUUGCCUAAUCCCCCCACAGAAGGGUUGCCAAAAGCUCUGACAGAUAAGGAUGUUGUCGAAAUCACAUAUGUGACCACAGUGCCAGAACUUCUGUCACCCACUACACCUGUAAAUACAUCACCUGAUGUUGUAUCAACAGAGGAUGAACCUAAAGACAUUGAAAUUGUUACAUUAUUUGACAAAAAUGAGGAGGAAGAGACACCCUACACUAAACCUACACCAGAGAUGACAACAAAUGAAGAACUGCCAGGUACCAUGACAGAUUUUCCUACAGAAAUAUCUCCUGUUCAAAAUGUCUUACCAGAGGAGCCAGUGCAGACAACUCCUACAGAAUUGAAAGAGGUUUCACCUAAUCCCUCCACAGAAGAGUUGCCAAAAGCUCUGACAGAUAAGAAUGUUGUCGAAAUCACAUAUGUGACCACAGUGCCAGAAAUUCUGUCACCCACUACACCUUCAAAUACAUCACCUGAUGUUGUAUCAACAGAGGAUGAACCUAAAGACAUUGAAAUUGUUACAUUACUUGACAAAAAGGAGGAAGAGACACCCUACACUAAACCUACACCAGAGAUGACAACAAAUGAAGAACUACCAGGUACCAUGACAGAGAGUACUCAUGAAGAGUCGAAGGAAAAACAUGAGCCUAUAAAUGUCUCAACUGAGUUCGAAGAGGAUCAGUUAGGUAAGGAAGAGGACAUUAUAACUGAGUCCCCAGAAGUUGCUGAGGUCACAGCUGGAGAGACACCUAGAUUGACACAGGAAACUACAGAAGCUACUGAAUCUGUGUUUACUGAGAAAGACAUGCAUGUUGAUGAGGACAUAACUACCAUUGCGAGACCUGGUGAGAUGACAAAAGAGGCAACAGAAGUUGAUGGGGUUGAAUUUGAAGACAUUGACACAGACAAAGUGACAGUUCUUGAAAACACGCUUGAAGAUUUAGUUGGAGGAACAAGUGAAGCUACUGCUGAAUUGGGUGAUGUAACUGAAGCUGUUAUCUUAGAAGAAUCAUCUGAGGAAAGUCUUGAAGAAACUUCUACUAAAAGAACAGAAACUUCUACUAAGACCACAAGUCAAACCACAACUGGAAUCACACCCAAGGCAACACUUGAUACUACUUUUGACAUUGGUACCCCUGAAACUGACAUUGUAGAGUUUGUAACUAAAGGCAUGGAAGAUAAGCUAGAAGACACAACUAAAAUGGAUGAAGGUGAUCUGGAAACAAUUUUCAAAGUUGUUGAAGGCACAAUGCCAGAUCUUACUGUUAAUAAGUUGGAAAAAGAUAUACUGACAACUGCCAUAAACAUGGACAUACAUAAAGUUACAGAGCCACCAAAAAUUCCAGAGGACACACAUAAAGUUACGGUGGAAAUCACACAUGAAGUCACAGAUGUGCAUGAGACCAGAGGAGACACCUUACCUGAGACACCUGAAGCUGCAACAGAGACACCGAAGGUCAUUACAGAAGCUGAUGUCAUAAAAGAGACAACUCGUUUCAUAUCUCAAGCACCCAAAGUUAUACUGAAGACAAGUGGAGCCAUCUCAGAGACACCUGAGGUGACAUCUCAGACACCUUUGUUGAUAUCUGAACUUUCAGAGGUGACUGAGAGAGUACCUGAAACACCUGAGAUACAUGUGGUCCAUCCAGAACCUGCAGAGGACGACAUCCCAACUCCUAUCUUGAAAGUAGAGGAUAUCACAGUUGUACUAAAUGACUUGACAACUACUAUUCAAAAGACUUUCUCCACCACAUUACAAAACUUGCCACAGGACAUUUCUAAUGAUAUUUUAGAUGAAAACAGCAAGAUUGGAAAUGAAAUUGAUGACAUUAUGGUCCGACCAGCACACCCUGUCGGUGAUCAUAUUGUGGAGCUGAGUAUUAAGAUAAGAGGUGAAAGCUAUGAUGAUGCUCUGAGAGAUCCAUCAAGUUACUACUAUCAAUAUCUAUCUGAACUGUUCAUCGAUAAGAUUGAAGAAGUUUUUAAAAGGCUCCCAGGUUUCAAGAAAAUACUUGUGCUUGAAUUCAGGCCACAGAAGGACAUUGAAGGAGGCCUGGCAGUAGUGGUGCACUAUGCUGUGGUUCUUGAGGGCGAUGGUGUGGGCAUAAGUAAAGAGACCAUGGAUUACAUAAACCUACAUUCCAACAUGGUUGAGAACUCCUUCACAGAUCCUGAUGAGCUACCUACUGUUGUCUACACCAUCACUGACUUCCGAAACUACAUCACCGAAGCCCUCCACAGGGAGAAUUUCAUCAGAAACACCACUCUUGAAGUGGACCCUGAUUCUUUGCAACUGGAAAAUGUGGAGACAUUGCUGCCUUCCAAACCAACCAGCAGACCGCUUGACUCCAGUGACAUGAUGGUGAGUCAAUGGUCAUUGGCAGGACCACCCAGAAAACGGGAUAAUGUUCUUGCUUCUGAGAAACCACCAGAUGUUACCAGGCAGGAAUUAUCCAACAAUGACAUCUCCAUUACAAAUCAUGACUUCCUUGACCGCAUUCACAUGAUAGAUCCCUGGAUGGAUGGACAGAGUGAGGACACAAAUGAUGUAAUCAUCUUUGAGGAAAGUCCCACUCUGUCUCACACAGAUGUGUCUAUAAAGAACUUUGACAUUGAGCGUACCUCUAAAAUUGAGACAUCAAGCAGUGCACCUGCUCCUGGUACAGAGAACAAUAGUAUUGUUGAAGAGGAGGGAUUCUUACUGACUGCAACUACAGUCAGUCCUAUCACAGGCACAAUUACUGUAGUUGCCUUACCUUCGGAAUCACCUCACAAGUUGGAAGAGAUCUCAAUUUCUCCUGUGGAACCUCCUGAUGUUGAGUUGACUACUCAGAGUGACUUGAUAGACCUGGGUUCAGGCUCAGGUUUCUCUGGAGAUCAUCUAGGUCCUGACAUUUGGCCUUGGGAGUCAGGAACACCAGAAGAAGUCUUGAAAGAAGAUGAGGUACACCAACCUCAGGAAGAUCAGGAAUCUAUAGUGGAACAGCUUGAGCCUCCCCACCAAGAUCUGACACCCGAGGAGCCAUUCUUGGACAGGGUUCUUGUGACACAAGACAUUCGUACUAAUCCUCACUACACAACAACUGACCAAGCUCCGGUUUUUUUGACUAUGGAGACUUUGACUGUGGAGCUUUCUAUGCAGACCCAAGUAGCCCCUGAACAAUAUGAAGACUAUUUUCCAGAUGAAUCUACCACUAUGGUUACACAUGUGACCAGUCAACCCUCACUAUAUGUCUACACUUCAGCAGGAACCCAAGAUGUGGAUGCAUCACAAAGUCCUGAUACAAUCAGUUCACCUGCUGAUAAGGACUAUACAGAACGACUUGUUACACCCACUGUGAUCCCACCAAGCACAGCAGUAGCCAUAGAUGAACAAAUUACUUCAACAGAAAACAAGCAGAGUCAGGAAACACUGGCCUCCACAACAAAGUCAAAUGAAAUGCCUUCAACCACGCAAUUACCUAUAAUCCUAGAACUUGAUACAGUUUCUGUGGAAGGUCCUACCACUUAUUCAGAAGCUGUUGAGCUUCCUGUAACCGAAGGUAUCAUGGAGUUACCUGCACUCUUAUGGCCAGAGGUAGAAGAAUCAGAUGAAGAAGUCAAGAUUCUAGACGAGGAGAUGGAAGUCAUCAAGCUUAUGCCUACGGAAAACCCAGUGACUGAACUCUCAGAAGAGGAUUUAGCUGGGGAUGAGAUAUUGGUCGCAACAACGGCCCCAAUAACAAUAGCUACUGAGGAACCAAGUGUAGAUCAUUCAUCUUCCCUGUUUCCUGAGAAUGACUCUCCGUUCACUCGGAUAUCACAUUCAUCAAUAGAAGAUGAGCCUUUACCAGAAUCAACCACGGAACCUCUACAUAUCCAAUCAUCUACUCAUUCGGUUCUUCAAGAGACGACUCCAGAGACUCCAACUGAUGUGAUACACACUUAUAUUGCAACUGUUGCAAAGGAGCCUGUUUUAUCAGAGAAUGCUGAAGAUGGAGACUCAACUAUAAUAUUUCAGUCAUCCACAAUGUCUGUCAUUCCAGAUGUUUCAGAACAUACAGAGACCCUUAGUUCCACCACUGUACCAUCAUUUUAUCAGUCAACAUUCAAACCUACUAUCCAGAUAACGUCAGAUGACUCAGUACAAGAGCACACAGCAGGAUCAAGCCCUGACAUCACAGGCCUCAUCCUACCUACCAAACUAGUGAACUCUGACAGUACUACUCUGAAAGUUCCUGUUCCAGUAAACCCCAACAUAACAGAGUUUGAUGUUUCAUUUGACAUAUUCCCAUUUGAUGGGCCAAACCAUGAUGAAGACGACGGUAGCGGAUUUGCUCGUGGGGCUGACUUGGCAAGUAUUGCCUUGCCAGCCAGUCCUGGAAGGGCGUUAAUAGUGUUUUUCAGCCUCAGGGUCACCAACAUGAUGUUUUCCGAAGAUCUGUUCAACAAGAGCUCUACUGAAUACAAGGCUCUUGAGCAGCAAUUCAUGGAGUUGCUUGUACCAUAUCUACAGUCCAACCUCAGCAAUUUCCAAAAUUUAGAGAUCUUGAACUUCAGGAAUGGAAGCAUUGUGGUAAACAGCAGGAUGAAGUUUGGCAAGCCAGUUCCCCAUGGUGUGACAACAACAGUGUACCUUAUCCUAGAGGACUUCUGCAAUACUGCUUACCAAACUAUGAAUCUUGCAAUAGACAAAUAUUCAUUGGAUGUUGAAUCAGGUGACCAGGCUGAUCCAUGUAAGUUCCAAGCGUGCAAUGAGUUCUCCCAGUGUUUAGUCAACCGCUGGUCAGGCGAGGCAGAGUGUGUUUGUAACGCUGGCUAUUUUAGCGUGGACGGGCUGCCAUGUCAGAGUAUCUGCGAUAUACAAGAAGACUUCUGCCAGAAUGAUGGGAAAUGUGACAUCAUACCUGGCAAGGGCGCAAUAUGCAGGUGUCGAGUCGGUGAAAACUGGUGGUAUCGAGGAGAACACUGUGAGGAGUAUGUGUCAGAACCGCUGGUGGUUGGCAUAGCCAUCGCCUCAGUCGCGGGGUUCCUCCUCGUGGCAUCGGGCGUGAUUUUUUUCCUCGCCAGAACUCUGCGAGACCAGUAUGACACAGAUGAUUCAGAAGACCCUUUACGAUAUUCAGAGAACAUGCCAUCUCUAGAAAGAGCCACUGAGUACAAUCCCAUGUUUGAAAGUGAAGCAACUACAGGGUAUAAAAAGUACUACCGCCGUUACCCAGAUACCCCUGCGUAUAGCACCGGCAACGCUGAGACCUCCACGGACUUCAGCAGCGAGGAAAUACGACACAUAUAUGAGAACAGUGAACUUACGAAAGAGGAAAUCCAGGACCGUAUUCGAAUUAUCGAGCUGUAUGCCAAGGACCGCCAGUUUGCAGAUUUUGUCCGACAACACCAAGUGGCGCUUGACGCUAGACGAGAGAGCUCUUCCAAUUAGUGUUGCAAACCGCUAAACCUAAGACACUUGCCUUUUUUAAUGCAAGAAGAGGUCCUCUUCAGCCAUGGUGGACUUUGCAGGGAGAUAAUUUGUGAAGAUGUAAAUGGACUUUUGAUUUUAUGUGUUUAUGGAUGAGUGUGCAACCAUCACGAUGGAUUGACAGAUUGUGAUCUAAAACAAUGUAUUUGUGAUUAUGUUUACUGUUGUUACCGAUGGGCUGAUUUAUUACUGCAUUGUCAAGGCCAUAUUCAUAAACACUUGUUAGUGACACAUAUCCGUAUCAUCUGAUCACACCAGAUAAUGCAACUAUACGUCCGGGCUUCAUGUUGGUUCCUCUCUUUUUUUUUAAUGGAAAGCCUGUAUUUAUUUCUUAUGGUUUUUCAUUUGUCAGUGCCUUCACUUUGAUUGUUUCUCUUUGUUUUUAUGUGCAAUGUGGGACAUAAUUUCUUGUGUCCUAAAACACAGACUGACUGAAGAGAGAACGUUUCGCAAUAGUUAUACUAUUUUAAUGAAUACAGAGAAAAGUAGUUCCAUACUUAUAUUUGCAACUUUAGUGUUUAGCCCUCAUGACAAUUUUUUUGUUUUGUUGCAAAAACAGCUUAUUGAAUAAGAAUUUUCACUAUACAAAAUUGAUUUUAACUUUCCAAUGUUUCUUUUAGUAAUGUGUUUUCUGUUUAGUGACUAUCCUGCAGUUAAUUUUUCUACUUUUGUAAAACACUUACCACACACACACACACACAAGUCAUUUAAUCAAAAUGUUAAUGUCUGUUAUCACAACAGAUUGCUCUAUUUAUGUAUAUUUUUAAUAUCGUUGAUUUCCACAAUGAUUUU